UCUCUCUCUUUCUAUAUCUCAUUCUUUCUCUAUUCUAUCUAUAUCUAUGUGUCUUGGAGCUGCUGAGAAGCCUCAUAGUAUUCUGCAACAACAACACUAACAUAAAUGAGUAGUGAAGGGGACAUGUCUGAUAAGGAUCCGGGUAUUAGGCUCUUUGGCAGGAAGAUUUCGUUACCGGAAUCUCAGAUUCCGGCGAGUUCUCAGAUGGGGUGUCAGAUUCAGGCCAACUUUGCAACCAUGAAUGCUUGCAGUGGCUUAAAGAAAACAGAAGUUGAAAUGCCGUGUACUGAAAACUCUCAGCAACCAGAGCAUUCUUCUGAUUUAAGGGAUAGCAGACAAGAGUCCCUACAUAAUGGAAAGGAAAAUGAGUCAAAAGUAAAUACCAAGCCUGUGGAAGAUAACAUGGACAAUAGCAGUACAGAUCAAGAUAAAAUCUUUAAGAAACCAGACAAGAUUCUUCACUGUCCACGAUGCAACAGUCUGGACACUAAAUUCUGUUAUUUCAAUAACUACAAUGUUAAUCAACCUCGGCAUUUCUGCAAGAACUGCCAAAGGUAUUGGACCGCGGGUGGAACAAUGAGAAAUGUUCCCGUGGGUGCCGGGAGACGGAAGAACAAGCACCUAGCUUCUCAAUACCGGCACAUUAUUGUAGCUUCUGAUGGAAUUCCGUCUACAAGGUUAGAAACCAAAGACUCAUCUAGUCACCAACUUGUCUCAACUCUUGAAUCUGCUGCUGUUUUCAGGUCUUCAACAGAUAAUGGUACUGUAUUGAAAUUUGGUCCAGAUACACCUCUCUGCGAAUCUAUGGAGUCAAUGCUUAAUCUUAAAGACCAGAAAAGAAGUGUUGACGCAAACUCUAACAACAUUGCAGAAAAUGGGGAGGACGAAGUAUCCUUAUGUGGAUCAUCUGUGACAAAUGCUUGUAAUCCAAGAAAUGAACUUCCAGAACAUAAUGCAUCAAAACCUUUGCAGUGUUACCCUGUUCCUCCUUGGAUAUUCCCUUGGAAUCCAGGUUGGAACAAUGUUGCUUCUGCAGCAGCAGUUCAGCCAUCCUCACUUCACAUGUGUAACCCUUAUAGCGCUGACCACGCUUCAAUGCAGUGGUGUCCCACGCCGAUGGUGGCCGUCCCAACCAUUUGCCCACCGAGCUUUCCUUUGCCAUUUGUUCCUGGAUCAUGCUGGAGUGGACCACCUAUGUGGGGUGCUUCUGGAACAGGAACAGUUUCAAUAGGUUUCAAUGGUUGCCUUUCACCUUCUUCCUCUACUAGUAACAGCUUCUGCUCAGGAAAUGGCUCCCCAACGCUUGGCAAACACACACGAGACAAGUUUUUCACAGAUGAAGAGAAAUCAGACAUGUAUGUUUUGGUUCCAAAGACCCUUAGAAUUGAUGAUCCAAUUGAGGCCUCAAAAAGUCCUAUAUGGGCUACCUUAGGAAUCAAACCUGAUAACCAUCAAUCUCUAUCAGAAGAUGCUAUUUCCAAAAAGGAAAAGCCUAAAGAAGGCAAAGACCGUGUGAUGGGUGUGUCUCAAAUCUUGCAGGCUAACCCUGCAGCUAUUUCUCGUGCUCAUGCAUUCCAAGAGAGCAUAUAA